AUGGGUCUUUUGAUGAGUGGAAUCUUCGGAGAGGAGAAAAGAGGUGCGGAUCUCGAUUAUCUCUCACUGGAUAAUGGGGAGCACGUCCCGGUUCAGUCCAGAAGGGAUUGGCACGCCAAGCCGAGCCCGGCAGACAGGAUGCACCGCAGAGGAUAA